AUGUGGGUGCCGCUGUUAAUUUGGAUUCUGAACUUGGUGAGUCUCUCAAAAGGCCAGGAUGGCACAAAGAUUCAGCGAUACAGACGUAGCUCUGUAGUGAGCAGACUGUGUCAGGCGGGUUGUGCGACAUGCUCGUCCCUGAAUGGCUGUUUGUCCUGUAAGCCCCGCCUUUUCUUCCACCUGGAGCUGGAUGGGAUGAGGCAGAGGGGGGUUUGUCUGUCCUCCUGUCCCCGCGGUCACUACGGCCUGCGCUCUCCACACAUCAACACCUGCACCAGGUGCAAGGAGGACUGCGCCUCCUGUUUCAACAAGAACUUCUGCACACGGUGCCGUCCGGGCCACUUCCUGCUGCGAGGCAACUGUGAGGACAGCUGUCCAAAGGGGAUGACAGCAAACACCACACUGCGAGAAUGCAUUGAGUGUCCUGCAGGCUGUGAGCUGUGUGUGAGGAGGGACACGUGUGUGAGGUGUAGAGCAGACCUGUACUACCUCCACGGACAGUGCCAUCCCACCUGUCCAAGGGGAUUUGAGCCAGAUGUGCAGCUGAUGCAAUGCACCCCCCAAGUGCACUGUGAGGUGGGGGAGUGGGGAGAGUGGGGUCCAUGCCUUCGGAAGGGGAGCAUCCGUGCCUACAGGAGGGGACAGGAGACACGCACACGGGACGUCCUGUAUGUCCCAAGUGUCUACGGUGACCCCUGCCCGCAUGUGUCAGAGUGGAGGAAAUGUGUCAUCACCAAGCGACAGAGUUCAAGUAGGCUGCAAUGA